UUCGACUCUCAUGCAGAAAGACAUGUGAAAUCAGAGCUGCCCCUCCGUACUACCUAACCACCCCAGCUCGCCCAGCUGAGACAGAACCAGGUAGGGACUUCUGAACAGCAUAUUCUCCAUCUUAAUCCAGCCGCGUGCCCCCCUUUUCGUCUUGUCGAACGCAGCAAAAAACGUUUCGGAUCCAGCUUCCUAUCGACAUGGAAACCACAACCGAAAAGGCGAUAGUAGGAACGGAAGUACCGCAUGUCGAAGAGCUUCCACAAGAGCUUCAGUACAUCAAAUAUGAGCAUAAGCUGGAGGCAGAAUACCUCCCAGCUAUCCGCGCGCUGAUAUCAAAAGACCUAAGCGAGCCUUACAGCAUAUACGUAUAUCGGUACUUUCUUUACCAAUGGGGCCACUUGUGUUUUAUGGCCUUGCACCCAGUCGACUCUUCUCUUAUAGGCGUGAUCAUCUGCAAACUCGAACCGCACGCUUCUCACUCUCCGCCCACUCUUCGCGGAUACAUUGCUAUGCUUGCCGUCUCUUCUCAACAUCGCGGACACGGAAUUGCGACAGAACUGGUUAGGAGAGCCAUCGACGCCAUGGCUCAGCGAGACGCCGACGAGAUUGUCUUGGAGACAGAAGAGACCAACAUCCCGGCCAUGAGACUUUACGAGCGCCUGGGCUUCGUCCGCUCCAAAAAGCUUCACCGUUAUUAUCUGAACGGAAACAGCGCAUAUAGAUUGGUCCUCCUCCUCAGAUCUGUCGAUGCGGAUGCGACAAACGACUACGCCCCUGACGACCGAGACAUUGCGCUUCGAUGAAUCUGCUAGUCAAAGACUGUCCGAGCCGUUGCUGGGAGCAGCAGUGCGCCGCCAUCAAAACCCCUUUGGUGCCUGUCCUUCCCUUCACCAUCGACGCACCACGGCUUGGGGGCCCAAUGCUGGAGGCUUCGGGUGUAAGAUGGACAGGAUAACAAGGAAUGUGGAUCGUGGCUAGCGCCCUGAAUAUUCGUCUGGUUUCUAUAACGGUACCUCAUGACGGAAAGAAAGAUGCCUGUCGAAGAAUGUGAUGAUGAUCAGGUCGAGGUAUGGAGCCAUAGCUUGAGCAUAUUGGCACCCCCACGGGUUCACCCCAAAUGAGGGUUUUCACCUCUCCGCAUGCUGCGUGGCCCGAACGUUGACAACCAUGAAUACUGAAUAGCCGGUCUCAUGGUAUCUACCUGCCCACGAGGCCUGGGGCGUUAAGAGGUUUUUAGAUGUAAGGUGACACUGCGGUGAAGUGUAAGGUUCGUGGGUUGUGGACCUUAAGCUCAGUCAUGAGUUGAGAUGUUGGCAGACACAUAUGUUAUAGAGUCAAAGAAGACUUGCUUGAGGACGUUUCGGAGGCAUGGACUGUUGAUGUAUUAGGACAACGGAAUCAACUCGACCACUUGUCUGCCGGCCAAACUGGCCUAGUUCGUUGAAUACAUGAUAUUGAAGUGGUUAAAGCUUCAGUCG